UUUCAGAGAUACGCAGCAGAAAUCGAAAGCAGUUUCAAUUCUAUUUGGCUGGUCUGAUCCAUCGACCAUGGAAAUGCACGAGCGGCGAACCUAGAUACUCUAUCCGCCUCCGGUGGCGAUGGAACGACCCGCGGUGGAGGAGGACGGCCACCUCCGAGGCUCCGACGGCCGAUGGAAAUGGUGGUCGUUUCGACUUGUUGGGUGCCCAGGUGAUCAGGCCCAUGGAUCACCUUUGGGCCUUCGCCAAUCCGGUAGAAAGAGAGCUACCUCCUCCCUACCCGGUGGGCCCAUCCCAGCGAAUUCUCCAGUUGCAGCAUGGAGAAUUCCCCACCACCAGCAGCGGCGACGGAGGAGGCGCAGGCGACGCAACCCGAUCCCCUCCACCCACGAGACCCCGCGGCGAUGCGGCCGCCAUCGCCGCCGCGCGCGCCGCUGGCGUUCCCGACGCUGGACUCCCUCGCGGCGUUCCUCCGCCCUCGGCUCCCUCCCCAGGCGCUGUCCUCCUGGGGCGCCGUGCCGGGCACCAAGACCCUGCUGAACCUCUUCCUGGAGCUCUCCCACGGCGACUGCACGCUCAUCGCCCCCACCACACCGCCGCCGUCGCCGCAGGUGGUCCGCGCGGUCCACGUGGCGACGGUCCGCAUCCGCAACCGGCGCGGCGCGCGGCUGGUGGAGGCACGGCAGCUGCUCUCCGACGGCACGGUCCGGUCCCGCGGCCCGCGCCCGCUGUCGGAGAAGAUGCGGCCCGGCGAGUCCCCCGAGGCCGCGGCGGCGCGCGCCGUGAGGGAGGAGCUCGGGGAGCGCGCGCGCGUCCGGAUCGGGGUGGCGCGGGAGGAGGAGGCGGCGCCGCGCGUGGAGGAGCGGGAGUCGGUCUCCUACCCGGGGCUCCCCGCCAGGUACGUGCUCCACGCGGUGGACGCCGAGGUGGUGGGCGGCGUGCCCGAGGACGGGGCGUUCGAGACCGAGGAGACCGGCGAGGACGAGGGGGAUGCCGGCGCCGGGGCCAUCACCGUGAAGCGGCACUACUGGGAGUGGGUCGACGACGACGGCGACGGCGACGGCGACGACGAGCACAAGGAGGUCGCCGCCGCCGGCGCGCGCGCGCACUAGAGGCUGCUAGCGCAUGGGCGAACGAACAAAUAAACAAAUUGAGGGGGCUCGUUGCCUUAUGAAUUUGUUUGCAAAUUCAGAUCAGUUCACGUGUGGUACGAAGUUGGUAUCAGCUUAGGAUUGUUUCAGAGAGAUGAAUGAACUGUGAAAUGUGACGUUUCUUGCUCCCCAAAAA